CUUUUUGUCAAGAGCUGCAACUCAGGCCUAACUGUGGCCGAAGGCUUCGUCCUGAGCCAAGAGGAGCAGGAGUGGGAAGGAGGCCCGGAAGAGAAUUUAAGCCUGGGAGGAACAGAAGGGCAUUGAUGGAAAUCCCUGAAACGUCUCCUCUUUGGGAUGGAGCAGAAACAGCAGCUGGGCCUCCAGCUCAGCUCUCCGUGUCCUUUGAGGAGGUGGCUGUGUAUUUCACAGAGGAGGAGUGGGCACUGCUGGAUUCUAGCCAAAAAGCUUUGUACAGGGAGGUCAUGCUGGAGAUUUCUAGGAGUGUGUCUACUCUCACAGGUAAUGGUCAGGAGAACGAGCAUGACAAGGAGCCGAGGGCAGUGGCGUUGCAAGCAACCAAACAUGAGGUGGAAGAACUGAUGAUUGAAAAUCAAGAGGAAGAAAGAAAGCAAGACAGAAUCUAUUCAAAGAAUGGAGGGGAGAAAUCUCCUCCUCUCUGUGUUGAAUUCCAUGACUUCCUGAUCCAGGCAGAUCUGAAAAGAAACAGAAAGGGGAGACAUCCAGGAUAUGGCAAAAGAGAUGAAAAUAAGUUUGAUGAAUAUUGCAAAACCCAGAUGAAAUGGAAACAAUAUAAAUACAGACAGCAUGAGGAAAGUAUCAAUCUUUCCUUCCCUCUUAAUUUACAUGGAAAACUCUAUAGGAAAAAUAAUUCACAUAUAUUUCUAAAAUCUGGGAAGAAUUUCAGUCUGAGCAGUCAUCAUACUUCCACUGAAGGAUUUCACACAGAGAAGAAACCAUAUAAAUGCUCUGAGUGUGGGAAGAGCUUUAGUAACAACAGUGCUCUUACUUUCCAUCAAAGGACCCACAUGGGUGAAAAACCAUAUAAGUGUGUGGAGUGUGGUAAGACCUUCCAUAGAAACAGUAUUCUUACUCGUCAUAAAAGGACCCAUACAGGUGAGAAACCAUAUAAAUGCUCUGAGUGUGGAAAAAGCUUCAGUAUGAACAGUGAUCUUACAAUACAUAAGAGAAUCCACACAGGCGAGAAACCAUAUAAAUGCUCUGAGUGUGGAAAGAGCUUCAGUAUCAGCAAUGCCCUCAUUUUUCAUCAAAGGACCCACACAGGGGAGAAACCAUAUGAAUGCAUAGAGUGUGGAAAGAGCUUCCAUAGAAACAGUAUUCUUACUCGCCAUCAAAGGACCCAUACAGGUGAAAAACGCUAUAAAUGCAUGGAAUGUGGAAAGAGCUUCAGAUUAAACAGCGAUCUUACAGUACAUAAAAGAGUCCACACAGGUGAGAAACCAUAUAAAUGCACAGAGUGUGGAAAGAGCUUUAGUAAAAGUGCUCACCUUACUUGCCAUCAAAGGAUCCACACAGGUGAAAAACCAUAUAAAUGCACAGAGUGUGGAAAGAGCUUUAGUCAGAAUGGUGCUCUUAUUUCCCAUCACAGGAUUCAUACAGGAGAGAAACCAUAUAAAUGCCUGGAGUGUGGAAAGAGCUUUUGUCAGAGUGGUGCCCUAACUUCCCACCAAAGGACCCACACCAGAGAGAAAUCACUUGAAGAUAUGGAUUGUAGAAAGAGCUUCAGUACAAACCUUCAGCUUACUUGCCAGCAAAGGAUCCACACAGGAGAGAAACCAUAUAAAUGUUUGGAGGGUGGAAAGAAUUUAUAUCAGAACAGUACCCUUAUAUCUUACCAAAUGUUCCACACUGUAGAGAAACCAUAUAAAUGUAUGGAGUGUGGAAAAAACUUUAGUCUACACAGUAUUUUUAUAAAACAUAAAAGAAUCCACACAGGGGAGAAACCAUAUAAAUGUGUGGAGUGUGGAAAGAGGUUCCGUGAGAGCAGUAGCCUCAUGACACAUGAAAGAAUCCACACAGGAGAGAAACCAUAUAAAUGUACAGAGUGUGGAAAGAGCUUCAGUAGAAACACUAUUCUUACUCGCCAUCAAAGGAUCCACACAGGAGAGAAGCCAUAUAAAUGCAUGAUGUGUGGAAAAAGCUUCAGUUUUAACAGUGAUUUUACAGUACAUAAAAGAAUCCAUACAGGUGAGAAACCAUUUGCAUGCAUGGAGUGUGGAAAAAGCUUUAAUACAAGCCCUCAGCUUAAUUGCCAUCGAAGGAUUCACACAGGAGAAAAACCGUAUAAAUGCUUGGAGUGUGGAAAGAGCUUUCGUCAAAACAGCGCCCUAACUUUCCAUCAGAGGAUCCACACUGGAGAGAAACCAUAUGAAUGUACGGAGUGUGGGAAAAGCUUUCGUCAGAACAGUGCUCUUACAUCUCAUCAAAGGAUCCACACUGGAGAGAAAAUAUAUAAAUGCAUGGAGUGUGGAAAGAGCUUCAGUCUCAACAAUACUUUUAUAAAACAUAAAAGAAUACAUACAGGGGAAAAACCAUAUAAAUGUCUGGAGUGUGGAAAGAGGUUCCGUGAGAGCAGUAGCCUUAUGACACAUAAAAGAACCCAUACCGGAGAGAAACCAUAUCAAUGCACUGAGUGUGGAAAGAGCUUCAGUAGAAACAGUAACCUUACUUGCCAUCAAAAGAUUCAUACGGGGGAGAAACCAUAUAAAUGUAUGGAGUGUGGAAAGAGUUUCAUUUUGAACCAUGAUUUUACCAUCCAUAAAAGAAUCCACACAGGUGAGAAACCAUAUAAGUGUAUGGAAUGUGGAAAGAGCUUCAGUAGCAGCAGCGCCAUUACUUAUCAUCGAAGGAUCCACACAGGGGAGAAACCAUACGGAUGCACGGAGUGUGGGAAGAGCUUCAGUAGCAGCAGUGCACUUACCUACCAUCAAAGAAUCCACACAGGGGAGAAACCAUACGAAUGUAUUGAGUGUGGAAAGAGCUUCAGUAGUAGCAGUGCCAUUACCUACCAUCGAAGGAUACACACCGGAGAGAAACCAUAUGAAUGCAGGCAGUGUGGAAAGAGUUUCAGUAGCAGCAGCGCCCUUACGAACCAUCGAAGGAUCCACACAGGGGAGAAACCAUAUGAAUGCCUGGAGUGUGGAAAAAGCUUCAGUAGCAACAGUGCCCUUACAAACCAUCUAAGAAUCCACACAGGGGAGAAACCAUAUAAAUGCAAAGAGUGUGGGGAAAGCUUUAGAUGGAGCAGUGACCUUACUUCUCAUCAAAGGAUUCACACGGAGGCAAAACUAUAUUGUCAAGCUGUUGGCAGCUCAAUUCAACAAGAAGCAAGAUCUUCCCUAGGUUUUUUCAAACAAGAUUUAUUGAAGAGAAUAUGAUAAAGUUACAGAAGUAUAAACAAUUGGAUCCUGUCACUUUUGGAACCUUAUUAUCCCUUAGUCUGUUACAACAGAGUCUUUCUCACACUCACUGUGGACUGGUGAGAAAGUUGUUCUCUUGAUUGAUAAAAGAGGAAUGUCCAGGUGGCCAGGCUAGGAAUCUCUCUUGGGUGUGAACAUAGCAGUAUAUGGCCUCCCCCAUUAAGUUGGCCUCCUGUCACAAUCUCAGUAUCUGGAGAGCCCAUCAUCCUGGGCAACAGUUCUGGUGAAAGCAAAAGAGUAGCCCUUGACUAUGAAGAGGAAACAUAUUUUUACAUUUGCUAUGAUGUGAUGUCACCCAAAAUCCCAAAAUAAAAGGUGCAUAGUUUUAAAAAUGCAAAAUAACCCACAGUUUUGUUUACUGUGGAUCUGAGGAUCAAGACAUUUUCCCUGAGAGGAGGCAGCGCGUACAAGCAGUUAGCUUAAGAUAGGAAUUAGAGUAGAAAAGUUCAUUGUUUCUGUAAUUUUAAUUUGUGCAGGAAAAAUGACUGUGUAGGCCUGGCUGACUUUUUGACUUGGCAAUAAAUAAUUAGAAAUGUGUCGGCUGAUAGGAGCAUUCAUUUAACUAUAGAAAAGCUGAUGGUAGAUUAGUAGGUUCAACCCUCUUAAGAUAGAGAGGAAAGAAUGUCUAGGAUUUGGUAAUGUGUGUCUUUCAUACAUUUUGCUUGCAUAAUUAAUUUAAUAUGUUCUGUUUUUAUGUACUUUUAUGUCCUUGCAAUCUCUCUUAAGAUAAAAAGAAUAAUUUCAUUUACUGAUCUUUCUAAACGCAGAAUAGUACAUACUAUUCCUGAUGUGAAGGUCGUAUUUGCAGGAUUUAUUAUCUUUACUCGGCAAAUCUUUGGGUAUCAAGCCUAAACACAUAAGAUUUACAUUUCCUGGAAAAGGUGAAACCUGCAUCAUGUUAUUCCGCAUUCUAAGAAAAUGGGAGGAAACUUCAUUCUCUGAAGAUCAGGGUGUGUCUCUGAAGAGGCGCACUGUGGCACUGUUGGUGCCUGGUUGGAUGGGCUUGAAGCAGCUCCUCAAAGUAGUGAUCAGAGUGCCCUUAGUCGCGUGGGAGGGGAGGGGCAGCAAGUGGCCUGAGGGCUCUGAAACUGGAGGAAAAGGAGGUUUCUCUCCUCUCCUUGUGUCCUCUGGAAAUCCUCUCUCUCCUCAAAUGCUGAGGGAAGGCUGGGCGCUCUAAAGGUCCUGAAAUGUGUUACCCUUGGCUCUGAGGGGAUAAAAUAGGAUUAGAAUCGGGGUGAGGUGUCCUCUGAAGGCGCUUCCCCAUCCAUACGCCCCAGCAGCCACUCACAGCACUGCCCCACCCCUGCUUGUAACUUGGAAAAUCUCACUGGAGUGAAGCUGUAGCUUCUGCUCCUGCAUUCGGCUGGUUGGUGUCGAUCCCAGCACCUCAGACCUCAGCCUGGAUUUCCUCAUUUCAGCUUCCUCUUAAACUCAUCCUCUCUGGGUUGUUGCUUUUUUUCUUCUUUUGAUCCUCCUCUUUAUUAAGACUCUGGAACCAGCAGAUUCCUGGGGUAAGAACAGAAGAAAGAGUAGUUCAGUUGUGCCUUAAUUUUCUUUCGGUGUUUCGGGAACCUCUGGUCUCUUUCAACUGGCUGAAACUAGGAUAUAUUUGGGCUGCUUUGAGAUCAGCUUGGUGAUUUUUUCCCCUACCAUUAUUAUGGUAGCUUUGCGUCACAAGGAGUAAUAUUAGGUCUUUCCCCAGAAAAGAAAACUUAGUUGAUUAACCUGAAGUAUGAAGAAAAGCUUUGGGUUUAUAUGUCGAAUAAAUGUCUUAUAUAACCAUCUUGGAGGAGGCGUUCCUAUUUAUUGAUCUCAGGUUGGAGAAGAGAGAACCUCUUUGAACUACUGCUGGGGAAGGAUUUUAGUCAACCUUUUUCUAUUAAAAUAACUCUUUUAAAAAACCUUUUGACCCACUAAUUGAACCCAUUUUUUUAAUUACGCAAAAGCUUUUUUUAAAAGUCCUAGAUAAUUUUCUCCAGUUUGGCCACUGGAACUUUGUUUCCACUGAAAUAGUGGCCAAAACGCAAUAGCUGAUUCAAGCAGGAAAUACAAAAUUAGCUGGGCUAGUUGGUUUUAUUUGCAAUUCUGUGUUGCCUUCCAUUGUUGUUUCUCUAUUUCUGUUU